AUGCUGGUCUUCUUGAAGAACUUGCAGUUGUGGGUCAAGACCACCACCAUAGACCGCCGCCGUACUCUCAUCCUGCUUGCCAAGAUGCCUCUAGAUAAGCUCGACGGCCGUCUUGAUGCUCGUGUGACAGCCUUUGACAACGGUAUUGACAGUUUCCUUACUGGUCCGCUGCGCCAGCGGUGGACAUCGACCCGCCAGACUGCUUUGGACAUCCUUACCAAGAAGCGUCAGAAGCACUCAUCGACAUUGCGAGCUUUUAUCCGAAGGAACGGCAACCAUUCUACUCAGCUCUGCCCAAAAGAGUCCUGGAACGAACAGUUCAUCAAGGGUAUCACCAACUUCAUCAGCGAGCAUUGGGAGGAAUUCGAGAGUAGUAAGGCUGCCAUCACGGAGCAGUUGAACGAUGCACUCGCAAGGGAUAUGCGUGCCAUCCUGCCCGCAAUGUCAAGAGACCAUCCAUCUAGUAUGGCGGCGCUACCAGUCGAUCGUCUCGAGGAACUGGUCGAGGCACAAAUCAGUGCUCUCAACAACAUCUUCCGGAGCGACAUGUACCCUUAUUCCCAGGGUCUUCGGAAUAUCAAAAUGGAUGCGACCCACGACAGCGAUGCAAACUACUUCUCCCGAUCCAUCACACCGGUCUACAGGAACUGCAAGCUCGAUAGCGGCGCUGGUGUGACCAAACGCUCCAUGGACAAAAUCGAGACGCACCUUUCGAAGAAGUUGAAAGACUCUCCUUUCAUCACAGUCGAGCAUCGGCUGGCCAAGGCUUUGCGCAAGAAUGACGAGAAGCACGUUCGGGCUACCAUCAAGGACAAGACCACAGCUAUCUUCGAGAGCCUCUACGGCUCCUUCGACAGAUUAAUCGACAAGACCGUGGAGGAUCCAAGGGAGAAGCGCGCACGUCAGGAUUUGAUGAAAGUGUUACCAGCUCUGGAGAAGUCGUACAAGGAGGCAGUCAAGACUUUGGAGCAGGUCAAGGCGAAGUACGAGAUCAAGGCCGAGAACAUGUGA